AUGUUCAAGAUAGUAAAGAUUGAGAAAAAGCAUGACUGCUCUGUUAACACAAUCAAAGCAGAUCAAAGGCAUGCUACUUCAAAGUUGAUUAGUGCUUACAUUAUCGACAAUCUUCGGGACCCAAGGUUUGAAGUUACACCAGCUUUUGUCAUGGCAGAGAUGCAAAAAUUGCAUGGACUAGACAUUGGAUAUCACAAGGCGUGGCGUGCUAUUCAACAUGCUUCCGCUUUAAUAAGAGGAACUCCCGAAGAGAAUUAUAAAUUAUUGUUUUCAUACUUGUAUAUGAUGACAAGUUGGAAUCAUUGUAGACCAGUGAUUGCUGUUGAUGAAACUUUUUUGAAGUCAAAAUUUCGUGGUGUUUUAAUGAUUUCAGUUUCAAAGGAUGCAAAUAACCAAAUUUUCCCACUAGCCUUUGGAAUAGCAGAAUCUGAAAAUAACAAUUCCUAUGAGUGGUACUUUAGUCAGCUUCGUAAUGCAAUUGGGGGCCAUGAGAAUUUAAUUUUUUUAUCAGACAGGCAUCAAGCUAUUACAAAGGUAUAUCCUGAAAGCCAUCAUGGGAUUUGCAUCUAUCAUUUGGAGCAGAACCUAAAGCGAAGGAAGGUGAAAAUUGAGGUCAUAAAACUUUUCCAAAGUGCUGCAAGAGUAUACAGGCGCAAAGAAUUUGACCUAUACAUGUCAGAUAUAGCAAAAGUAGAUAAGAAGACUUAUGACUACUUGAUGGAAGAACCACCGGAAAGAUGGGCACGUUCUUGUAGUCCACGACGAAGAUAUGACAUGCUUACAACAAACAUAGUUGAGUCAAUGAAUUCUGUCCUAUUAGAAGCAAGGGAGCUGCCUAUAUUAAGAAUGAUGGAUUUCAUUCAAGUGAAGCUACAACAUUGGUUUUAUGAAAGAAGAAAUAAAGCAGAAGGAACAUUUUAUGAUGUUUCUUGUUGGGUCUUCCCUGUUGAUUCAUGGUGUUCUAGAGUUGAAGAAGAAGGAAUAACUUUCUUGGUGGACUUAAACAAAAGAACAUGUGAUUGUUUUCAGUUUCAAUUUAAUGAAUUACCAUGCAUACAUGCAAUUGCAGCUAUCGAGAAGAGAAACAUCAAGAAGUCCAACUUUUGUUCGCAUUGGUACUUAAAGGAAUCUUGGCUGAAAACAUAUGAAAGACAAAUACAUCCUGUAGGACGUACUGAUUCUUGGAUUGUACCAGAGAGUGUUAAGUCACAAAUUGUUAAACCUCCAGAUUUCAAAGUGCCACCAGGUAGAAGGCAGAAGAAAAGGCAUAUUCCUGCUACUGAGUCAUCAAAAAUAACAUUCAAAUGUGGUCGUUGCAGAAGAAUUGGUCAUAAUAGAACAUCUUGUAUAUAUUCUCCGGCUCUCCAUCAAUUUUCAAGAAAGCAUAGAGAAGAGUAG